AAGAACAGCCACAAGUUGGUGUUUGUGCAGCAGGCUUUGAAUUAGACCCUAGAGAAUAGAAAAAGGGGAAAGAACAAGAAGACGAGGUGCAGCCAACUAACUUGUCACCAUAUUUAAGCUGUUGUCAUGCUACCCUCUCAGAAGAUUUAGCUCUCUCCUCUCGUCUCGUCUCCUCUCCUCUCCUCCCUGUAAACCAAACUGCUUGUUCAUCAUCAUCACCACAAGGCUCUGGCUUUGGUUGCUUGAUUCUUUUUCGGAGUUAAACUAGGCAUAAGGUUCAGAAACAAAGUCUGUUCCUCGAAGUUUUGCAACUGAAGCACUAGUUCUGCAGAGGAGCUCUUGUCUGGGUGGAGAGUUCCAUCAAUGGCGAUAAAAAUGAAGGGAAUCUUCAAAGGGCUGAAGAUAUUCUCCCAAAUGUUUGCUCAUAAGGAGCAUGAGAUGGAAAUUGGGUUCCCUACAGAUGUAAAGCAUGUGGCUCACAUAGGUUUGGGCACCAGUGACACAUCUCCAAGCUGGAUGAAUGAUUUCAAGUCAACAGAAGAUUUAUCUGCAGGCUCUCUGAGUACAGCUGGGCAGUCAAGGCAGACGUCCUGGGCCUCUAUAGACUUCGAGCCAGCAAGAUCCAUGCUGCCCAUUGAUAUCUUCCCAGACAAGCCAGGGCAAGAGACCUCCUCCUGCCCCCCAAGAGGACCCAGGAAGGCGAGGAGGAAGAAGACCAGAACAUCGUCUCCUACCUCCUCAGCGAGAUCGUCUUCCUCGAGGUCGAGGGCCUCGUUCGCGUCGGCUUACGACGAUUUCAACGAGUCUCAAAGAGGAUUCCGGGUUUGAAAAAAACCAUGUGUGGCUCACAGAAUGCAUAUACAUGUUUCGGUUUAGGGAGGGAGAUGAUUUGUGAAUUGCUGAUUCUUUGUUUAAACUUUACAGUGGGUACAUAGUUUGAAAUGCAAAAGGAAAUUGGAAGUAAAUCAAUGUUUUAAACACAUA